AUGCCUGUCAAACGAAAGAUGGUCAGCAGCGUCAAGCGAAAGCCUGCAGCUGCUCUUCCGGUUCGGAAGCGACACAAAGAAGAUGGCCCUGCAUGCGGCGUGUUCGUCCGGAACGCCCCUCGCGGAACGGAUGUGCAGGCCAGAUUCUCCAACGAACACUUCGCAGAAGGCGGCUUCCGCCACGUCUACAAAGGCGUCUACCUCUCCGGGCCCAGAGAGGGGGAGGAGUGCGUCAUGAAAGAGUUCAAGACUGGAAGCGUCCACGAAGCAACCUUCUUCGAGGCAGAUGUCCAAGCAGUCAAGAAGGCUGGGCAGCUGAUUCAGAAAUUCAACGAUGCCAACGUUGUCAGCAAGCGCGUCUAUCUCAACGAGCCGGAGGUUUGGUCCGGCUCUGGCGGCCGAAUUGCGGGGCACAAGGUCCUCGUUGAGCCCAUGAUCCAAGGUACUUAUUUUCGUUUCAACAGCAAUACUGGCUAUGCCGAGCCUGACACGGCCACCAUGCAAGCCUUGUCGCACUUUUCUUAUCACAUCUCGAACGGACAAUAUCUGCUGUGCGACCUGCAGGGCGGUCGCUACGAUGGUUUUUACAUCCUCACCGACCCCGUGAUUCACAGCAAGGGAAAGGAGUUUGGUGGCACAGAUCUCGGGCAGGAAGGCAUCGAGAACUUCAUGGCACACCACCGUUGUGGUCGCUUCUGCGACCCAAACUGGAAGCUCCCUCCGGCCAAAAAGCUGAUUCCCCGUUUCGAGGCCGUGGCUGGUACCACGUUUGGCGAAGCGGCGGCGCUGUUUACGAAGGAGCAGCGCAGGGACCUGGAGAUCAAGGUGAACAAGGAGGAUUCACUGGCGACCGUCAUUGUCACUUCCACCGCGAAAGCCCUGACCCAUAGGCUCUGUCUUUUCGAAGAGCGACAUGCUCGGACGGGGGCACGAGUGGAAUGCAUGCGUGUGGGAGUCUACCGCGCAGACAUCAAGGAGACGUUCCAGAUCGAGCCCUCGGCGAUCUCAACGCUGCUCGAGGAUCUGAAGGGCACGGUUGACUUCUUCCUCACCCAGGAGGAGAAGGUGAAGAUCGAGGACGUGGAAAACUAUGAGGAAGUUCUGCAGGAGGUUGAGCAACAGCUGCGUGAUCUGUGCGAUCCGCACAAGGUCGCUGCGCAGGUUGGGCGCAUGUCGGCCGAGUACUCAUCCCCCUUUGAGUCGCCGGAGAAGGCAGCAAAGAGAAAACAAGAAGAGUACAACCUGCAGCUGGUUGAGUACGAGAUUACCGAAGGAAAAGGUGGCGUGAAAUCGGGUGGCAAGAAGGUCAAGAAAUCGUCUUACCGUGUUAUCAAGGACGACUAUCCUUUGAUCUACCACUUGGACGUCGGUGCUAUGUAUCCGAACAUCAUCCUGUCGAAUCGGCUGCAGCCAAUGGCCAUCGUCACCAAGGAGUUCUGCAACUCCUGCAGCUACAAUGCUCCUUCCAACAAUUGUCAGCGGUCGAUGGACUGGAAGUGGCGUGGUGACCUCUACAUGGCCAAGAGGGCCGAUGUGCGUUCGAUCGUCAACGAGAUGGAGAGUGACAAGCGCCGGUACAACCAUCAGGACAAGGAAACCGGGGAGACGCAUCGAGUAAAGUGGAACGAGCUAAAAGAGGGGGAACAAGUCGCUGAGAUCACGAAGGCCGUGCGGCAAUUCUCGCAGCGUGCCUACAAGCGCCUCAAAAGCGCUGUCUACGAGGAUAGAACGGACAUCGUGUGCCAACGCGAGAAUCCCUUCUACGUGAACACGGUCCUGAACUUCCGUGAUCGUCGCUACAUGUUCAAGCGCAAAGCCAGGGCCUGA